AUGUAAUAUAGGUCAAACAAGCCUCCACAAUCGGUAAAGAACCAACCAGGAUCGUUCUUUCCAAAAUAAUCAUUUUCACCUACAAAAUCACAUAUUGAACACUUUGUGUCUGAAAAUCCGACUCCACAUUAUAAAAAAUAAUCGCAACCUUAUCCACCUAGAUAAAGUUCAUUUAAUAUUUCAAGUGGAGAAAGCUUGGAAUAACAUAAUAAAAAGAGAUAGAAUUCUAAUUAUAGUCAAGAGAAGAAAGCUCAAAAUUAACUCUUCAAUAUUUUGUUUAAUAAUUCUAAGCGAAAUGAUAAUAUUUGCAAAGACAUGUAGAUGUUUAUUAUCAUAAUAGAAAGAAGUAAACUAGAUAAAAUUCAAUCAAUAAUUAAAUAUAGAGUUGGUACCUUCCUAAAAAAUAAAAGCUCUCUUAAACUAUGCAAAAGAAGUAAUCAAAAAUAAAUAGCAGUAUGGAGGGAUAGUAGACAGUUGACAUGAGUUUUGAGAAUAAUCUUAUCAAAGGUUUUUAAGAUCAUAGUGGAUUUUAGAGUGAUGUAACCAAACCUUUAGAUGAUUAUAAUCCUAAAGCUAUUAAAUUCUUAGAAAAAGGAAAAUCAUUAUUAAGAGAAAAGUAAAUUGAAGAAGCUAUUGAGUAUUUUAAUUAAAUUACUAUUUUAGAUAAUUAAAAAAAUGCAUAGAAUCUGAUAUUAGAUUAUUGGAAGGCCAUUAUUUUUUAGGUAUUGGUUAUCUUGGAAAAUAACUCUAUUAAAAAGCAAUAACAGAAUUUUAAUAUGUAAUUUAAUAAGAUGCCACACAUAGAAAGAAUAUUUAUUUAUUACUUGCCAUAUCUCAUAAAAAAAUUAAUGAAUUAGAUUCAGCUAUUUCUAUUUUAAAUAAAGUCAUACAAUUAUUUCCAAGAUAUUAUGAUGCUUUUAUUUAUAGAGGUAAAUUAUUUACAAAGCUAAAUCAAAUUGAAAAAGCAGAAUUUGAUUUUAAUAUGGCAAUCUAAUUGAGUCCUCAAAAAGGAUUAGGAUAUUUGGGAAAAGCUGAUUGUUUAAGGAUUCAAAAUUAAUAUAAGGAUGCUAUAUAAUGUUAUUAAAAAGCUAUAAAUUGUGAAUAAGCUGUAGGUAGUGCUGCUUUACUUAAAAAAGCAAUUACUCUUUAUGAAAGUUAAUAAUAUGAUGAAUGUGCAAAAGAUAUAAAUAAGUUAUUAGAAACUGAUCCAAUAAAUUCUGAAGCUUAUUAUUUCAAAGGACUUAGUAGAUUAAAAAUAAGUAAUUAAAUUAUAAAUUCUAGAGAAUUCCACUGAAGCUUUAUUAUGUUUUGAGUAAGCUAUCAAACAUAAUAAUUCUAAAAAGGCUGUAACUAAAUCUCUAUAUGAGAUAGCAAAAAUAAAGAUUGAAUAAAGAGAUUUUUAUGCUGCAUAUCAUACAUUAAAUAGGGCUGCACUUUUAGACACAGAGUAAAGCUAUUUAGAGAAAUUUCGAUUAUUUACUGAGGUAUUUUUAUUUGAAAUUAAUUAAGGCUGUAAUACAUUUAAUGAAAAGAAAAUUUCAAGAAAGUUUAAAUAAUUUUUAAGAGAUUUAAAAUAAUCAUUAAUUAAAUGAUUUUUUAAAACCAUUAUUUUAUGCUUAUAGAGCUUAUGGUCUUUUUUGUUUAUCUAAACAUUAAUAAGCUUUAGAAGAUUAUAAAUUAUUAUUAGAUAUUCAACCUGCAGAAUCUAGUGUUCAUUAUAAUAAAUUUUUAUGUGAAGGAAUUUUGAAAAUCUAAGCUGGCUAAUUUAAUAUUGGUAUGGAAUUCUUUUAAAGAGCGUAAAAGAUUUUCUAAAAAAAAAUGGAACCUACUUUCUAUUAAGGAGUAACAUUAAUAAAUUAAGCAUUUAAAAAAAAGAAUGAUUAAUAUAAAGAUAUUAUAAAGGGAUUAGAAUUGUUAGAUAAGGCUUAAAAUUUAAAUGAUUAAAAUGCAAAUUUAUAUUAUAUUAGAUCUAUUGUAAAAUGCUUUUUAGGAUAAAUUAAUGAGGCUUUAGCUGACAUAGAAUCUGCUAUAUAAAAAUCAGAAGAUAAUAUUGCUAAAUAUUUUUAUUUUAGAGGAAUGGUUUAUGGUAUACUAAAAUAAUACUAACAUUCUCUAAAUGAUUUUAGUAUCUGUUUAACAUUAGAUGAAACUUUUGCUGAUGCUUUUUUAAAUAGAGCUAAAUGUCAUUUUUUAAGUGGAGAUUCAAAUUCUGCUUUUCAAGAUUUACAAUAAUGUAUUCACAUUUUAUAAGAUGAUCCAAGAAUGCAUGUUUGGGCAGGCAAUUUUUUAUUUGCAAAUGCUGCAAUAGAAGAUGCAAUUAAAGCAUAUUCUAAUAAUAAAGAUUUUAAAAAUAAUCCAAAAUUAUUAUAAUUAAGAUCAGAAUGUUAUAUGAUUUUAAGUGAUUUACGUUUAUGUUAAGAAGAUGUUAAUAGAAUAUAUAAAUUAACGAAAGAGAAAACUGCUGAAUUUGAUAAAGAUAUUCUAUAAGCAUUGAGAUUGGUAUUUAAAGAUGAUUAAUAAAUCUAUUUUAAUGAAGAAAGUGAAAGUGAGUAGCGUGAAUUUAUAAAUAAUUUAAAUAAGGCUAUUAAUAGUCUAUCAUAAUUAAGUAGAGGAAAAGGAAGAUUAUUUUAAUAAUUCCAUGUUUAUAUAUUUAGAGGAGUAUUUUUAUUUCAUUUAGAAAAAUAUGAAGAAGCAUUAAAAGAUUUUUAAAUGGCAAAGAGUUAAAAGGAACUUUCAAUAACUGAAAAACGAUUAAAAUAAAAAGGAAGCUAAACAGAUUUAUUUAAUGAUGAAGAAUUUUUUGAACUUACUGAAGAUGAAGAAGAUGCAGAUUUAUUAGAAAUAUUAGAGAUCAAAUUUAAUGAAUUAAUUUGUUUAGUAAUUUUAAAGUAAUUUAAAAAAGCUAAAGAAAAAUGUAAAUAAUUAAUAGAAAACAUAAAUGAAGCAAAAUAGGAAGGUUUAUAAAUUCUUUUAAUGCAUAUUGAAUAAAUCUUAAUUAAAGAUUAACAUCCUAUAGAUUAUUAGAGAGUUAUUUGUUUAUAUGAUGAACCUAAAGAAAAUAUCAUUUGUUUUUAAGUGCCAAUUUUCUUUAUUGAUGGAUUAAAAAUCAGAUUGUCUUUUAGCUUACCUAAAUUAUCUCCUCCUUCAUUAUCAAUUGUAUUUGACAAACAAUUAAUUUAAGAUAUUGGAGUACUUCAUUUAAUUCUUAUUUUUAGCCUUUGUCUGUUGAAAACAAACCUGAAGCUCCAUGGAUUAGAAGAGAAUAGUAGGAUGAUAUGAUUAUAUUUACUGAUAAUGUUUAAUAAAUUGAUGAUAUAAGAUUAGAAACUGAAAUUGAAGAUGAUCAAUAAUAAUAAGCAUAACCAUAAAUGAUAGAAAUUACUUAAAUUAAAAAUAAUUUAAUGUUAGACAAGGAGAUUGAAGAAAAAUUACAAAGAUUUUUUAAAAAUAAACAAAAAAAAUGA